CGGAAAUUAGUGUUACUUGUCCGCUUUUAGAUAAUAUUAAACAUUAAUAGUUUUCGGCAUAUUUCUUCAUAGAAUCUCGAUUGAUUUUCAUUUUGAAUAACCUUUUUACGUUUGCAUAGUCAGACUAGAUUACUCUUGUAAUCAUGGUUAUGGUUGGUCAAGUGUCUACCAUAUUUAUUUUUCAUUUCAAGAUUUUGACGAAUGAUCCUUUCAAAGGACCGAAUGAAGCUAAACGUUUAAGUUCACUGCAAAAUCAAUAGUUUUAUUCGAUAACAGCAAGACCUUUAAGCAAAACAGGAAAAUGUCGGCCGAAUCUGCAGUAUUUGAAGCUUUGAUGUAUGCCUGUAGCCAGAACGCCCAGUUGCUGAGACCAGCCGAAGAGAAAUUAGCAGAAUGGGAAGUCCAGCCGGGAUUUCAUCUAACAUUGGUGAAGUUAUUCUCCGAUCAAUCCAUUGAUGCUAAUGUUCGCUGGAUGGCCUCACUUUACUUUAAAAAUGGAGUAUUGAAAUACUGGAGAAAGAAUGCACCAAAUGCGAUUGAGCAGGAAGAAAAAAAUGAAAUCAAAAAAAUAUUGCUGUUAAGAUUUAAUGAACCUGUCCAACAGAUCGCUAUUCAAAUUGCAGUACUAAUUGGAAACAUUGCGCGAUUCGAUUGUCCGCUGGGAUGGCCUGAGCUAGUACCCACUCUAGUAGAAGUGGUGCAAAGUAACGAUUUAUUGCUACAACAUCGAGGAUUGCUAACAUUGUUGCAUGUAGUAAAGGUACUUUCAUCCAAAAGACUUCAAAGAGACAGAAACUAUUUUGAGGAUUUGACCAGUCAGCUGUAUGAAUUUAUUUUGAAUUUAUGGGAUGGCUUCACUCAAUUAUUCUAUACCAACAUUCGUGAUCGGGCACCGAUAGAAAUGUGUGCAGGAAAUUUAGAAAAAGCGAUAAUAUCCUUAAGGAUUUUAAAAAAGUUGACGAUUUAUGGAGUGUUUGGUCCACAUCUGUCUCCCAAAUGCAUGAUGUUCAUUCGGGUGGUGUUCCAGCGACUGAGAGAACUGUUAGACUGCCGAUUGCAGGUUAAACAAAUCGAAACACAACAAUUGACUGGGGGCAAGCUAGGCGGUCAGGUGGAGAGAUACAUCAUAAAGCACAUGAAGUUCCUUAAUUUGUUUUUCGAGACCCACCCGGCGUCGUUCGUUGAAUUCAUUCCAGGGGCCUUCGAGUUUUCUUUCCAUUACGUGUUCCACGAGGGAACGAAUCUUAUUUUUGAGGAUAAUGUUAUUACAUUCCCCAACUUUGCCAUACAGUGCUUGAACCUGAUUAAAGGCAUUCUUUCUCACAAUUUAAUUCACGUGGAUGGGGAUAGAGAGCAAAUCAUAAACAAGGCUAAGAAUGAUUUCUUCACGCCAGAACGACUGAGUUAUAUUUUUGAGAAAAUAAUUAUGCAUUAUUUUUUGCUAACGUCGGAGGAGUUCGAAUUGUGGGAUAGUGAUCCUGAGAGUUACGUUCUAGAUGAAGGAGGCGAUUCUUGGAAAUACAAUUUAAGGAGUUGUACAGAGGCGUUCUACAUGAUAUUAUUUCAGAAGUACAGCCCGAUGCUUAUUGUAGAAUUGCAAAAAUUCAUCAAUAAAUCGCAAGCAUUGACUUUGACUGAAUCGUCGAGCAUCAGUGAUCUGUUGAUUAAAGAUUCAAUUUACAACGCCACAGGAUUAGCGGUCUUUAACUUGUUCGAUGAGAUUAAUUUCGACGAGUGGUUCACACAGCAGUUGCUCGAGGAACUUAAGUUUAAAGGACAUAACUAUCGGAUAAUUCGGAAGCGUAUUAUUUGGCUAAUUGGACGAUGGACAGGAGUUAGAUUUUCUAAAUCUCUGCGACCAGAAGUAUAUCGUGCUUGUCUUGAAUUACUUCAUCCCUCGGAAGAUUUGGCAGUUCGCCUCACUGCAUCCAAAACCCUAAAAAACAUCAUGGAAGAUUUCGAAUUUGAUGCCGAACAGUUCCUGGAAUUUUUGGAACCAGUAAUCACUUUACUGUUCACCCUACUGAAGGAAGCCAAUGAAUGUGAUACCAAGAUGACGGUAUUAUACGUGAUGUCGUUCAUCAUUGAAAAAAUGUCGAUGGCUAUUAAAUUAGAGGUCGACAAUUUAGUCCAAUAUCUUCCUCUUCUCUGGGAUGAAAGUCGAGAACAUGAUAUGCUUCGGUGUGCCAUCAUUUCAACUUUGUUACAAACUAUAAAGGCAUUGUACGCAAUACCUGCGGGAGAAACGGUCGUUGCAUUUAUUUAUCAGGUUAUUGAACUGAGUACAAAUAUAAACGAACCGUCCCAUGUCUACUUGUUGGAUGAUGGUUUAGAACUUUGGGUUAUUGUAGUCCAAUACAGCAAAGCAUUGAAUAACGAUCUAUUACGACUUUGUGAUAAUCUUCUCCCACUCAUUGAACAAUCUUCUAGUAACCUGCGAACCUGUUUAGCGAUAUCGCAAACCUACAUCUUUUUAUGUCCAGAUAUCUUUUUGCCACGAUACGGAAAGGAUAUCGUAAAGACAUGUCAUUAUCUUCAGACAGAUUUGCGGGUUGAAGGCAUCGUUGUAAUCUAUCGAUUGUUUCUAACCAUUCUCCGGGCUGCACCAAAUUAUUCGAUUGAGCUACUUAGACCGUACCUGGUUGAAGUAUUUCGCAAAUACUACGAACACGAAGCGUAUCCGCAAGUCAAUCACAUGUAUUUGCAAAUAAUUGCGCGGGUUCUAAUACUGGACCAGGUCACAUUCAGAAUGGUCAUUUCCGAACUAUUGAUUCCGGAUGCAUUGGAGAAAAUAAUAACGACAUGGAUUAGUGACAUGCACGUAAUACCACGAGCUAACGACAAGAAACUUCUCGCUUUGGCGUUGAUUAGUUUGUUAACAGUGUCUGAGGUUAAUGAGGUUAUCUUUGAAAAUUUUAGCGGUAUAUUAACUAACAUGAGCGAAACGCUCAAUGAUAUUACAAAUGAAGACGAACAAAGUGGGGCUAAACUGGAUUCUCUUAUAUUAAGGGACGAUAAUGAAGAAGAGCUCAGCGCGUUGAUGUUUGGUUACGGCUUUAUUGACACGGAAAAUAUGCAAAACGAAACUCCUCAUUAUGAUCGCUGUAAGGUGGUUUGUUUACAGGACCCAACUCAUGUGAUAGUACUGAAAGAUUAUCUUCAAAGUCAGCUUAUUGCUCUGAAAACAGCUGUGGGCGCGGAACGUUAUCAAUCGCUAAUGUCUCGGAUUGAUCUGCAAAUAUUGAAGGAACUGAGUGAAUUUGUUUCGUUGGGAAUCCAACUUCCUGUACAAGAACUGCAGUAACCUUGUACACCGACAAGUAUUUGGAGGCCUUUUUAAUCUACACUGUUAUUUAAUAUUUUCCCAAAUUUACUUUGAUUAAUUUGUACUAAGCUACCCGUGAAAUUGGUAACAGUUAUUUAAACUCAAUACGCUUCCGAAUUAUGUUAGUCACUAACAAUAGAUAUUGUACAA